UAUUAAUGAAAACAUAAAAGAGGACCUUGAUCGCUGUUGCGUGUUGCUCUUUGAUGAAAUGGACAUCAAAGAAAACUUGUACUACGAUAAGGGCCAGAAGAAAAUCAUUGGCUUUGAGGACUUUGGAGGAGAAAGAAGUGGAAAACAGGCUGCCAGAAAAGUUCUAGCCUUUAUGCUUGUGGGACUAAACCGUAAAUGGAAGCAACCUAUAGCGUAUUACUUUACCCACAAGAGUUGCAGUUCGGAAAUUCUUAGAAAUUGUCUAUUUGAUGUCAUCAAAGCUGUUACAAACGUAGCAAAAUUAGACAUUGUUGCAACUAUUUGUGAUAUGGGUGUUAACAAUGUCAAGUGCCUGAAAGAAUUGGGUGUGACAACUCAAAAACCAUAUUUUAUAUAUGGAGCCAAAAAAAUUUUUAUUAUGUACGAUGUCCCUCAUUUAUUAAAGCGUACUUAUGCUUUAUUCAGGAAAUACAAUGUAUUUCUGAACGUUCAAAUAGAAGAAAGCGUUACAACUAUGGAGGCCAAAUUCUCGCAUGUUCGUUGGGCUUAUGAGCAUGACAAGGCAUCUCCUUAUGUCUUCAGGUCCCUUCAUAAGCUGAAAGACAAUUUUUUUGACCCAAUCAUGAAGUAUGCCAUGAAGGUUAACAUAGCUGCACAAGUAAUGAGUAGAACUGUGUCAGCAUAUUUGUACUCGAUGAUAAGAAAUGGAGCAAUGCAACAGGAGUGUAUUGCUACAGCCUCAUUCCUGAUGGAAGUGGAUACGCUGUUCGAUAGUUUUAAUGGGAACACCAACCAGUCAGGAAAGGAGUUGAAAUGUAAUAUUACUGAAAACUCUCCUCAUAUUGAAUAUUGGCCAAAAGCUUUGCAAAUGGUGAAGAGUUGGAAAUUUAAAAGGCUUUCAAAAAGCGGGCAGGUCAAGCAAAGUACACCACCAUCUCAAAUGGGUUGGAUUACAUCUCUGAAUGCUAUCAGGGGAAUCUGGGCAUAUGUGCAUUCUAAAGGAUUUACAGUAUUGCGUCCAAGGUCUCUAAAUCAAGAUCCUUUAGAGAACCUAUUUGGAUGCAUCAGAUAUGGAUCAGGAUGUAAUGAUAAUCCCUCUGCUUUUCAAUUUGUGGGUAGUUUGAAAGCCCAAAUUUUAAACAAUCUAAUUCAUUGUUCCACUCAUUCAAAUUGUGAGAAGGACAAUAAUGAUCUUCUCAGCAAUUUAAAAUCAUUUCUGGAGAAAGAUGAGAAAGAAGGAGAAUAUCAACCUAAUGAAGUCAUAUGUAUGCCAGAAAUAUCAACAGAGGAGACGGUAUCCAUAAUUGAAGCAGAUGUGAAUGGGGGCCGUGCAGAAACUUUUUCAGUAGCUUAUGUUGCUGGUUUCAUUUUGAAAGGCAUCUAUAAGAAAAUAACGUGUACGGGUUGUUCUGCUCUAUUGUCAUCAGAUGUUUUGGAGGCACACAACAUGUUCAUCUGGAACAAGGAAUGGUCAGAUAAGAGGAGUUUGUAUUAUCCAAGUGUUGUAUUCACAAUAUCCAUUGCACAAGGUAUAACUUCUUUGGAGAAUUUUAUGGUGGAUAACUCUAAUAUUUCUGACCUUCCAUAUCAUGCCUCUAAAUUUGUUCAUAAUCACAUUGAUUUUUCAUGGUUAACAUGUGAACAACAUUGCGAACAGAUAGAAACUAUAACAGUGCAAAGUAUUGUAAAUAUUGGAAUAGUCUGGUGGGUUAAAAGGGAAAACCAGAAAUUUAAAAACCAAAAAAAUGCUAUAAUCAAAUCGAAAAAAUUGAUGAAAAUGAAGAAUAUGUGAAGGUCAUUUGACCUAUUUUGUUGUUUAUACGCCACUUGCUUUAUAUUUUACUUGUUUUGUUUUAUAUUUCCCUUUUUUAAUACUUCAAUUGUUCUCCUAUAUGUUUGUUAUUAGUUUCAUUCAAAUUCAAAUAAAUCGUAAAACCACCAUUCGAAAAGUUGUAUUUCCGUCCAAAAAUUUUCACGCAGCCAUAUUGAUAGCGAAAUUGUUUGCCAAUUGAUUAUAAUAAUCAACAUGGCAAAAAUUUCAGCAUCAAUUUCAUGGUUGCGCGAAAUUGCUCCCAUACUUCAAAACAAGAAAACAGUAAUACACAAAAGAAUAAUUCAUAAUUCCCGCGCUAAACGCUACACCAGUGCCUUUGGCGCCAUCUACAAACAGGUUCGAUGCUGUGAGACAAGGAUGCAAAACAUCGGACGAAAUAUAGUGGGGAGUUGGGCGUCUCGUUGU